UCCACCGCACCUGCCGGGGCGACUCCUUCCAUCCAUCCUCCUCCGUCGCCUCCCCCUCCUCCUCCGUCCCCCGCCGCGCGCCACCGUUCUUCCCCUUCCCUUCCCGGCCGAGGCGAUCGAUCGAUCCACGCGCCCGCGCGCCACCGCCGCUGAUCAUAACAAGCACCAGCAGCCUCCCUUCUCCGCGCGCGCGGUUAGCUCGCGGCUCGCCAUGGCGCCCAAGACGACGACGGACCCUUCCACGUCCACCCCGCCGCCGCCGGGCGCGUUCAGGCGCUGCAGCGGGCGCGUGCGCGGCGCCGGCAUCUCGUGCGCGGGCUGCUUCGGCGACGCGGAGUCCAAGCGGCGGCGGCGGGUGGCGGUCUACAAGGCGUACGCCGUGGAGGGCAAGGUGAAGGCCUCGCUCCGCCGCGGCAUCCGCUGGUUCAAGCGCAAGUGCUCCGCCAUCUUCCGCGCCUAGCGCUGAUCCCUCCAAGAACAACGCCGCCAAUGCCAACGCAUACGCGCCUCGCCUCCCCUCUCCUCCUCGUCGAAGGUAAUUUUUGAAAGAAAAAAAAAGAGAAGGAAAAAGAAAAACACAGGGCCUUAUUUAAUCAUGCAGAUUCGUGGUUGCGGGUUCCUAUUUUGUGAUUAUUGAUCAAACACCAGAUGCUGCAAAGUGCAUCACCUCUCAUCGAUCCAUGCAUGCAUGACGCCAGAAUGAAUUUCUUCCUCGCAAAAACAAAAGACCGAAUACUUCCGACGAAUUGUCAAGAUACUCAUUGGGAUCUUCAAUGUCUUGUUUGGGCGUAAUUGUUUGGACCAAAUAUGGAAUGGAAUUGCUUGAUGAUCUGAAUAUUUGCCAAAUUUGGUUCUAACUGGUGUGUAUGUGCCCAAAUAAUUCUAUCGUGUAUUCCCAUGUUUGUUUUCGACA